AUGCUGGGAUCUGAACGUGGUGUUGUGGAAGAAUGGUUAUCAGAAUUCAAGGCGUUACCUGACACUCAGAUCACCAAUUAUGCAGCAACUUUACACCGGAAAAAAACACUGGUCCCAGCCCUCUAUAAAGUUAUUCAAGAUUCGAAUAAUGAGCUUCUGGAGCCUGUCUGCCACCAGCUAUUUGAGCUCUAUCGUAGCUCUGAAGUUCGACUUAAGAGGUUCACACUGCAGUUCUUGCCGGAAUUGAUGUGGGUUUAUUUACGGCUUACAGUUAGCCGAGACAGACAGAGUAAUGGCUGCAUUGAAGCACUUCUGUUAGGAAUUUACAAUUUGGAAAUUGCUGAUAAAGAUGGAAACAAUAAAGUUCUGUCUUUUACUAUCCCUUCCUUAUCCAAGCCUUCAAUAUACCAUGAGCCCUCAACAAUUGGAUCCAUGGCUUUGACAGAAGGGGCAUUGUGUCAGCAUGAUCUCAUCAGGGUUGUUUAUAGUGAUCUUCAUCCUCAGAGGGAAACAUUCACUGCACAAAACCGGUUUGAAGUCCUGAGUUUUCUCAUGUUGUGUUAUAAUUCUGCUAUUGUGUAUAUGCCUGCUUCAUCUUACCAGUCUCUUUGUCGGAUGGGCUCCAGGGUUUGUGUGAGUGGGUUUCCACGGCAACAUGAAAAACACUGGAAAGAACUCUGUGGUCGAAUAGUAUUGGAUCCCGAAUUCAUGGUGCAACUCCUCACAGGGGUUUAUUAUGCCAUGUAUAAUGGGCAGUGGGACCUUGGCCAAGAAGUCCUUGAUGACAUCAUUUAUAGAGCUCAGCUAGAACUUUUUUCUCAACCACUAUUGGUUGCCAAUGCCAUGAAAAACUCAUUACCAUUUGAUGCUCCUGACUCUUCACAAGAAGGCCAGAAAGUACUUAAAGUGGAAGUCACUCCAACAGUGCCGAGGAUUUCUCGGACUGCAAUUACAACAGCUUCAAUCCGUCGUCAUAGAUGGAGAAGAGAAGAUGGCUUUGACUUCUCAAACGAGGCUGACUCGAGUAUUCCUGGCUCCCCGGUCCAACACGGCUCCACUGACCUAGGGAUCAAACGUGUGCAAGAGGGGGAGGUGCUGGUGCGCAGGACCCCUGAGCAUGGCUCACCGGAGCCCAACUCAGCAGCAGCCACAACAGAGGGUGCUGAGGGUGUAAAUGGAGGAGAAGAGUCGGUAAACCUAAAUGAUGCAGAUGAAGGCUUUUCAUCAGGGGCCUCCCUCAGCAGUCAGCCAAUUGGGACCAAACCAUCCUCCUCUUCUCAGAGGGGAAGCUUAAGGAAAGUAGCAGCUGGGCGUUCAGCUAAGGAUAAAGAAACAGCUUCUGUCAUCAAAUCCAGUGAGAGCCCUCGAGAUUCAGUCAUUCGCAGGCAGUAUGUACAGCAACCAACUGAUCUUAGUGUAGAUUCAAUCGAGCUGACACCGAUGAAGAAACACCUGAGCCUGCCUGCUGGCCAGGUGGUGCCAAAAGCCAAUAGUUUAAGUCUAAUCCGGACAGCCAGUGCUUCCUCAAGUAAAUCAUUUGACUAUGUAAAUGGCAGUCAAGCAAGUACCAGCAUUGGGGUUGGCACUGAGGGAGUUACUAAUCUAGCAGCUAACAAUGUUAAUCGAUACUCAACUAUCAGUCUACAGGAAGACCGGCUAGGUCAAGCUGGAGAAGGUAAAGAGCUCCUUAGCCCAGGAGCUCCCUUAACCAAGCAGUCUCGAUCCCCAAGUUUCAAUAUGCAGCUAAUAUCCCAGGUGUAG